ACCUGCGCGACACUUGUUCGUGAAGCAUUCUUCCCUCCUUCCUUUCCUUCCUUCCUUCCAUCCAUCAUUCAUUCAUUUGAACUUCUUCUUCCCAUUCUCCAUUUUCUCUCAUUCUCAAGUCAAUUUUUUUCCCGUCAACAAUCCAUGGAUAUUGAUGCAAUUUUUGGGGCCAUCAAACCUGUGAACGUUCCAAGGAAGAGUGCUAUUUAUGUGUGGGGAUACAAUCAAUCCGGGCAGACAGGUCGAAAGGAGGAAGACGAUCAGUUGAGGAUUCCAAAACAGCUUCCUCCUCAGCUGUUUGGAUGUCCAGCUGGUACCAAUGUCCGGUGGUUGGAUGUUGCUUGUGGUCGCGAGCACACAGCAGCAAUAGCCUCUGAUGGCUUGCUUUAUACUUGGGGGGCUAAUGACUUUGGUCAAUUGGGUGAUGGAACGGAGGAGCGAAGGAAGCAUCCUAAGAAAGUAAAAGAAUUAGAGUCAGAGUUUGUAAAAUCUGUAUCCUGCGGAGCACAUUGUUCUGCUUGCAUUGCAGACCCUCGUGAAAAUGAUGGUACCGUCUCGACUGGAAGGCUCUGGGUGUGGGGCCAAAAUCAGGGAUCAAAUCUUCCUAGAUUGUUUUGGGGGGCUUUCGAACCUAACACAAUUAUUCGUGAAGUGUCAUGUGGAGCUGUCCAUGUGGUUGCUUUAUCUGAGGAAGGCCUACUACAAGCUUGGGGCUAUAAUGAGUAUGGUCAACUUGGCCGAGGUGUUACUUGUGAAGGACUACAGAGGCCUCGUAUUAUAAAUUCUUAUGCUAAGUUCCUUGAUGAAACCCCUGAGCUUGUGAAGAUUACCACAGUGUCAUGCGGGGAGUACCACACAGCAGCCAUUUCUGAUAAGGGCGAGGUUUACACAUGGGGGCUAGGAAAUAUGGGCCAGCUUGGGCAUUCUUCACUUCAGUAUGGGGAUAAAGAGUUAAUACCAAGGAGGGUGGUUUCCCUCGAUAGUAUUUACAUAAAAGACGUGGCGUGUGGUGGUGUACAUACAUGUGCUUUAACUCAGGGAGGAGCUCUUUAUGCUUGGGGUGGCGGUCAAUCUGGACAGUUAGGCCUUGGUCCCAACACCGGAUUGUUCUCGUGUGUUGCUAAUGACUCUCAGACGUUUUUCCGAAACAUUCCGGUUUUAAUUGUUCCGAAAGGCGUGCAACUCAUUGCUUGCGGACAUUCCCAUACUCUUAUUUCUAUGAGUGAUGGUCGAAUUCAUGGAUGGGGUUACAAUAAUUAUGGUCAGGCAGCCAAUGAGAAAUCUACAUAUGCUUGGUAUCCAUCACCAGUUGACUGGUGUGUUGGGGAGGUUAGAAAACUAGCUGCUGGUGGGGGCCAUUCAGCUGUGUUGACUGAUGCUUGUUCAUUAAAGGAGUUGUGUGAGUUUGUACUUGCUGAGAGUAUGACUUUAUCUAAUGCUGCUAAAGUUGAGGAUAUUGCAUACAGAACCGGCUCAGACGCCUUAGCUCGCCUUUGCGGAAGACUCAGAGAGUAUAUGCUUGCUGGUGAUGCUCAUGAACAAUACAAGGAGAUGAAAUAGUAAAUCCUGACAUAGCAUGAGUAUUAAUAAUGAUUUGUUGUAUUCAUAUAAUGUAAUAUGUGUAUUUAUAAUUGUAACAUUGUUUUAUUUUAGCAGAAGGAAUCAUGUAAUAUAUGUAUUUUUACUUAAUGCCAAAACAAUAUGUAUUUUAGAGCAUAUUGAAUUGGCCUCUAUUAAAUCAACAGACCAUUAACUCAUUAUGAAUAAUAUCUCGAACUUUCAGAA